AUGGCGGCGCCCAGGUGUAUUCGGGCCCUGCGUGGCUGCGGCGCGGCCCGGCGUUCGGCGGGUCUCGUCCUUCUCGCCUCUCAGCGAUUCUGUUCCGCCGCGGCUGCUUCGAGGCCCCUGGAUGCGCAGCGACUGGCGGAGAGGCUCCGAGCCCAGAAACAGGAACAAAAGAAGGAGUCGGUACCCACCAGCCCUGUCCAACGGAGGGUGCAAGAACUGCUGCGCUUCACACAGCAGCUGCAGCGAGUCCACCCCAACGUGCUUGCUAAGGCGCUGAGCCGAGGGAUUCUGCACCAGGACAAGGACCUCGUGGUUAUCAAUAAGCCCUACGGUGUGCCUGUGCAUGGUGGUCCCGGCAUCCAGCUCUGCAUCAGCGAUGUCCUGCCGGUCCUUGCGAAGAUGCUGCGUGGCCACAAGGCAGAGCCCUUGCAUCUCUGUCACCGGCUGGACAAGGAAACUACGGGUGUGAUGGUGUUGGCUUGGGAGAAGGAAGUGGCACAUCAAGUACAACAGUUGUUUAAAACCCGCCAGGUGGCCAAGAAGUACUGGGCCAUCACUGUGCGCGUCCCCGUGCCCUCAGCAGGAGUUGUUGACAUCCCCAUCAUCGAGAAGGAGGUGCAAGGCCAGAAACACCAUCAUAAGAUGACGCUCUCCCCGUGCUACCAUAUGGACAAUGGGAAGAUGGUGAAGGCGCGGACCAGCCGGAACGCACAUGUCGCUGUGACUCAGUACCAGGUGCUAAGCAGCACUCUCUCCUCCUCCCUCUUGGAGCUCCAGCCUGUCACCGGCGUAAAACAUCAGCUUCGAGUUCACCUGUCUUUUGGACUAGAUUGUCCAAUCCUUGGUGAUCACAAGUACUCAGACUGGAAUAAGUUGGCCCCGCAGAAGCUGUGUGUUGGCACCCUAAAGAAGCUGGGGCUGAAGCAGUCAAAGGCCCGCCACAUCCCUCUUCACUUGCACGCCCGGCAGCUGAUCAUUCCUGCACUGGGGUCCAGGAAUGAGGACCUCACCUUGGUCUGCAAGCUUCCUCGCUUCUUUGUGCGUUCCCUGAGUCGCUUGGGCUUAGUGGUGCCCAGCAAGGAUCAGAGUUGACGAAGCAGGGCACUUAGAACUGUGGCGAAUGUAUUGGGCAGUUUGGACCCAGAGCGUGUCACUUUCCAUAGUGGAGAAUUAAGUUGGCAUUGGUGACUGAUAGCUUCGCAUUGGGAACAGACUAGAAAAAUCAACUGUGAUAAGUUGAAGGAGCUCACUUUAGGGCAUACAGUGGAAAAUAAAGUCUACUUCCCAAUCAUUUGGCCAAGCUAUGGGAGUUCCUAAGACGUGUCCCUGCCUUUAAAAAAAACAACAGAAAAACUUUGCCAUCAGGUCACUUCUGCCUCGUAGCAACCCUAGCGUGUAGACAGAACUGUCCCUUUGGGUUUCUGAGGCUGUAAAUCUUUACAGGAACAAAAAGCCCCAUCGUUUCUUCCCCAGAGUGGCUUGUGGGCUCAAUCUGCUGAUCCUUUGAUUAGCAGCCCAACUCAUAGUCUCCUAAAGUUUGUUGUUGUUUUCCCUGACGUAGGAUAUUGACAAAGAGAGCAGUAGGCAGAUGGGACCGUAAUUGGAGAAGGAGAACUAAAACAGAAUCCACGGUGGCAAACUAUUCAUCCAGUCGUAAAGCUUUUUACAUUUCAAGAAGGGUCUCUGUGUUGGAAAGAACAUAUGUGCAAACACAUCAUGGGAUCCAGGGAGUUUGUAUAGCUAUAGCCUGAGGCACUGUUUGCUGUGCAGCCUGUGGAGGGGUGUUUGAGCUGUGGAAUUUGGAUAAGCAAGGGAAACAUACAUAAUAGCCAGAUGUAAACAGUUGUUGGGCACAAACACCAGAGCUCAUACAGUCUAAAGAGAGGGAUUGUUCGCUCCAGUGGUAGUUGUCAUGUGGAGUUUCCUGUGUCUCCAGAAAGGUAGGGAACUGAGACAUUGAUGUGAAAUCUCCCAGUAUAUGUAUUGCCAGAUAAAGUCAAAUGAAAUCCAAAAGGCUUUUGUCAACUAAGGAGAUGGUAGACCCAGAUGGUACACUGAUGUUUUGGGAAAGGUGCCAUCAUUAAAAGUUCUAGAUUAGAAAUUGGCAUUUGCCUUUUGUAGGGCAGGGAUGGCCAGUAAAUGCAAUUGUGUGAUUUUAAGGAUUUUGCCUGUUUGUCUGCUUGUAAGUAUAUAUAUGAGAAAACAUUUACCAUCUCAA